AUGGCCGGACCUAAAGAAAACGUAAUAGAAACACAUGAAAAACCCUGCCGGGCUUGUACGGAUUUUAAAACAUGGGCUAAACUCAAAAACAAUGUGAAAAAAGAAGAAACGAAUGGAAAUACACAAGAAAGUGUUGGAAUAACUAAUUCCAAUUGUCCUUUAACGAAGGAUGAGUUAGGAAGACAAACUUGGGGUUUCUUACAUACCAUGGCUGCAUACUAUCCUGAUAAUCCGACGGAUGAACAAAAAAACGACGUGCAUCAAUUUAUGAAAUUAUUUUCUCGUUUUUAUCCCUGUAGUGUAUGUGCUGAAGAUUUGCAACAACAAAUUGAAAGAUUUCCUCCGAAAACAGAAUCGCAAUAUGAAUUUUCUCAAUGGUUAUGUAGAAUCCAUAAUAGAAUUAAUUUAAGGUUAGGUAAACCAUUAUUCGAUUGCAACACAGUUAAUGAAAGAUGGAGAGAUGGUUGGAAGGAUGGUUCUUGUGAUUGA